AUGAAGUUCUCGAACGCGUUAUCACUUGUUCUUGCUCCCGUCGCCGUCUCUGCUCGCAGCAGCAGGCAAGUCAAGAGGGAUCCCCAGGUCGGCAUUAAUGGCAUCGGUGGUGUUGGUGGUGUUGGCGGUGUUGCCAAUGUAGGCGUUGGCGUCCCCGUCGGUGCCGUUGGCGGCGUCGGUAUUGGCGGUCUUGGUGGUCUCGGUGGUCUCGGCGGCAUUGGCCUCGGUGCCAUCAGCGGUGUCAACGCCGUCACCGUCACCCAGACCGUGACCGUUCCCGCCGGCGCUGCCGCCACCGCCAUCCUCGGCAACGACGGUGCCUCUACCACCAUCCAGCCCGGUGCUAGCGGGUCUCUCUUUCUUCCCCAGGAGGUCGCCGCCAACGUUGGUGACAUGAUCAUCUUCACCUUCUACGGCCAGAACCACACCGUUACCCAGUCUGGUUUCGAGACCCCUUGCGACCCUCUUGCCGGCGGCAUGGACUCUGGCUAUAUGCCCAACCCUGACAACACCAUCGUUCCUCCUCCCCAGGUCGCCAUGCAAGUCAUGACCACCGACCCUCUCUGGAUGUUCUGCGCUCAGGGCAACCACUGCGGCCGCGGCAUGGCCCUCUCCAUCAACCCCACUGCCGAGAAGACCCAUGCCCAGUUCCAGGCCAACGCCAUCGCCCAGCGCGGAGGUGACCUUCCCGGAACUGCCAUCACCGGCGGAACUGGCCCUGCUCCCGCUGCCCCCGCUGCUGCCCCUGCUGCUCCUCAGCCCGUUGACCCCGCCCAGUCUGCCGCUGCCUCCGCUGCUGCUCCUGGCCCCAUCAACCCCGCCUCCGGCACCAACGGCGUUGUCAGCCCCACCGCUCCCGUCGCCGUUGGCAACAGCGCCACCGUUGGAGGCGGCAUCGUCAUGGGCCAGGGCACCAUCGCGGCUGAUGGCUCUUGCCAGUGCGCCGUCCAGUGCGCCGGCGGUGCUUUCCCUGAUCCCGCUACCCAGGGCCUCAACGCUUUCGGCGGCAUUGCUGGCACGAUAGACAUGAACUCUGCUGGUGUCGUUGCCGGUGCUGCCGCCCCAGUCGUCGCUGCCCCCGCGGCCGUGUCGUCUGUCGCUGCCCCCGCUCCCGUCACUCCCGCCCGCCGCUAA